CGCAUCCCCUUCAUCCGGCGUGUGUUCACGCGCAUGGCGGCUGGCCAACCCAAUAAAUGGCAACCGCCGGCCACACCGCCAGUCGAGCGAUUCGCAGUCCGCACUCGCGAAGAUCAAGAUGAACCGCGCGCUCGCGAUUGUGUGCUUCGGGCUGGCCUGCGUUGUCGGAGGCGUGUCCAGCGCCGCCCUGUUCAAGGAUGUUGCCGGAUGCUCGGCUGCGGAAGCUGAGAAGUGUGGAUAUGACUUCGUGCCCUACUUUAUUAAGCCAACCCUAGCCGAUGAUCCCAAGAGCCUCGUAGCACAGUGCACGUUGUUCAAGAGACAACUGAAGUGCGGUGAAGACUUCUCCAUCAAGUGCUUGGAUGGCCUUCCUAAGGGCGUCAUCUUGCUUAUGCUCAGGGCAGCCGUCGACGAGUACUCGAUGUUCUGCAACACGACCAGCCCAAAACAUAAAGAGUACCUGGAUAGCAUCAAGUGCAUCAACAAGGCUGGUCCCGGAAUCCAGAAGUGCAUGAGCGACAUGUUUGUGGCACUGCACCGUACUUCCAAGGCCCCAGACCGUCAGCAGAUUCCCUACUCCUGCUGCUAUUACCACGACUUCGUGGAGUGCAGCGAGGCCGCCCUGAACAGAGGCUGCAAGCUGCCGGUGGCCAAGAAGUUCUUCGACGACAUCAUCGAGCACGUGUUCGGAGAGGUGCUCAGCCUGGCCUGCAACAAGUACAAGAAAGGCACGGGGGCCUGCGAGGCCCUGCCCGCCUUGCCCACCAAGGACGACGCGAAGGCUCGCGACAAGGGAUUCAUCGAGCCGCUGGCCAUCAUCGCCAGCAAGCUCGGCUAGGCCGCGUCACUCGUUAGUUAUACGGCGGUUGUAGACGUUCGCACACCACGCGGCUUAGGGUACGCCGUGCUGGUGUGCUGCCGUAAGGGGUACGAUAGUGAUUCCUGUGGCGUUCUGUACGUCAGCGGGCGCUUCGGCGUCGUGGAUGGUGUAUAUAGGGAUCGGAUAACCGGCCACCUCCCUCCGAAUGAAAUCGAAAAAACGUGCGUCGGCUCACUGUUAACUAAUUGUCCAAGCCGAGGAAAGGGCGACGCUUUUCCAUGCAUUGAAAAAAGAAAAAUAAGACAACUGCGUUUGAACUUUCUUUAUGUUCCUCCUUGUGAGGGGUCGUCCUUUUCCUGGCUCGCUCAAUUAGUUAAUAAUCGGUAAAAUGAACCAGCCAGCCGCUCUAGAUGUUCUAUUGUGCUAAGCCUCUACUCAGUUCCUAUUUGUUUGGUACUUGGUAGUGUUGAGGAGCGUGUUAUAAAACACGCACAAGAUGCAGGCACAGGAGGCCAUGCUCAGCGUGGAAUUGCUAGUUAUUUUUAACAUGGAAGGUGACAUUCGCGACCAUUGUCACUAUACCUAACGCGAAGUCACGAACAGAAAAAGCGAGAGAAUGAGACGGAAACGAGAAGCAGCGAGAAAGAAACUUUGAUUUUCUGAAACGGUAAUCCGAGUCAGGACCCGGCUCACCCUAGGAGGGAGGAUUCCUUAUUCCGGGAACCCUCUGGCUUCGGCUCGGUUAACCAGGGAAAAAUAAACGCACUUUUUUUUUGUCGCAUACCUCUAUGACAGCCCUUCCGAUGGUUGAUUUUUUACGGAAGUGUUUCUGGCAAGGAACACUUCGUGAAACAGCAACCGGCCUACGACUUCCGGCGUGCAGACCUCCCGUCAGAAAGGGCUGCCGCGGUGUUUUCAGGGGAGAGGGUACGGUUAGGGGGCACCACGAAGUCCGAUGGCCCACGGAGAAAGGGUCCCUACAAUGGCGAUUGCAGCUAGAAACCUUGCCUACGCCGCCUUUCGGAAGCCGUGUAAAACUGUGAUGUUGCGUAAGUGAUAGAGGCGAUUUAGCUGGUUUUCCGAGAGAUGGCGCUGUUAGGUAAGGAGAGCUCGCGAAAGGGACCUUCAAGCUGAAAGGCAGGCGCGUAGCACUUUCCUUCGUGAGGUCUGUUUCUGGUCGGGGCUUCGCUUGGCGUAUGUGUGCUGCUCAUAAUUCAUCAGAAGCAAAAGCGUGUGUACACUGUUUCGAAAUUUGCAUGUCGGUAGUCCGUCUCUUGGUGGGAGUUUAAGACUUGCGUUGUCUGCGUUGUUGGAAGACGCCAGUGAGUUCUGAAUAAGCCAUUUCUCAAUUUACCUAGGAAAGGAAUAACUUAUAUUUGCUUGGUGAACAAUGAGUGAAAGCAUUCGCCGCUCUACGCUUAUAAAAAAGAAAUACAGUCAACAAAAUUUCAUUCGAGACAAGUAAAGAAAUAGUCUUGCGAAGCAAGCCCUUCAUAGUAGUAGCUGGCAUAGAUAGUGGUAAAAUGAAAGGGGACAGCAGCGUUUUCGCAGUAAUUGACAGCAGACGCGGUGGCUGGUACUUAUCGAUAGUAUAUUAACUUACUUGCAAAGAGAUCCAGGAAUCGGAAUGCGUUGUUGCGUCGUGUCUAGAAAUGCGUUGUUGAGAUAGGCAACCAUGUAGGGAUUGUGUGAUGUACGAGCGUGUGUACAUAAGUGUGAUCAUCACGUCUUCAUCUGUGACAGCGCUGUGUUUGGGAAUGUGCGUGAAAUAAAAUAUCGCAUCGUCAACCCA